AGACUAGGGCUUUACUUUUGCUUACUGAAACCAAUCUCUUUCGCGCCGAUCAAACUCGUUCACUUCACCGUUUCCAAAUCUCAGAAAAUGUCGACCCAAAUCAGUAAGAAGCGCAAGUUUGUUGCGGAUGGUGUUUUCUAUGCUGAGUUGAAUGAGGUUUUGACUAGAGAGCUUGCCGAGGAUGGCUACUCUGGUGUCGAAGUUAGGGUUACGCCUAUGCGUACUGAAAUCAUCAUUCGGGCUACUAGGACCCAGAAUGUUCUUGGUGAGAAGGGGAGAAGGAUCAGAGAGCUAACUUCUGUAGUUCAGAAGCGAUUCAACUUCCCAGAUAACAGCGUUGAAUUGUACGCUGAGAAAGUUAACAAUAGGGGUCUUUGUGCUAUUGCACAGGCUGAGUCUCUCCGUUACAAGCUCCUCGGAGGGCUUGCUGUCAGGAGGGCUUGCUAUGGUGUAUUGAGGUUUAUUAUGGAGAGUGGUGCUAAAGGAUGCGAGGUUAUUGUUAGUGGAAAGCUACGAGCUCAGCGUGCUAAGUCCAUGAAAUUCAAGGAUGGAUACAUGAUCUCCUCUGGUCAACCUGUGAAGGAGUACAUCGACUCUGCCGUUAGGCAUGUUCUUUUAAGACAGGGUGUACUUGGUAUCAAGGUCAAGAUCAUGCUUGACUGGGAUCCAAAGGGCAAGUUGGGUCCAAUGACACCAAUGCCUGAUCUAGUCACUAUUCAUCCUCCCAAGGAAGAAGAAGAGUAUGCUCAACCUCCGGUGCUGACAACCAAUAUCGAGAUUCCAGUUGCAUAAAUCAAAAUCUGGAAGAAAUAAGUUUGUACUACUUGCUUUAUGUCUUUUUUAUUUAUAUAUAUAUAAGUUAGAGGAGAAAAAUACUAGAUGCUUGUAUCGACCAAGAAUUAGUAAUUUUUGUUGACAAUAGCUUCUUAAGUAUGUCUGAAGGAGUGAUCUAGUUUUGGAUAUUAUGUUUGAAGGAGUAAUAGUUGCUAGUUUUGGACCUCUUUUAUGCA